AUGACCAUCAACAGAGUGAGCCCCUUUACCGAGACAGAUGCAUGCAAAGUGACUAUGGCUACCAUGAUGCAGUCGCCCAACAGGCGUCGCUCUAUGGCACGACAGCUCACUGCGCGAUCAUCGAGGCACAUGAACGAUUCGAUGGAAGAUGUCAUUCGACUUGCUGAUGACUUUCAUCCAAGUCGCGACAUCGAACAGGCCGCCGAGCCAGAGCUGGAGAAGAUGGGUCGAGCACGCACUGUAAUUGUUGUUAUUCUACUGCUCGCAUGUCUACUGUUCUCCCUUCUUGAUACUACCAUUGUAUCGACAUCUCUAUUGGAAACCAGCAAGGAUCUGGGAAAUGUCGAGGACGUUUCCUGGAUCAUGCUGGCCUAUCUUCUUACCUAUAUGGGCUUUUCCAUAAUCUUUGCCAAACUCAGCGACAUAUUUGGACGCCUAGCCAUGCUCGAGAUUUCCUGGCUAAUCUUUGCAGUCUUCUCACUUGGCUGUGGCAUCUCCCAGACUAUGACUCAGUUAAUUAUCAUGCGGGCGUUUCAAGGAAUUGGCGGUGCCGGUCUGUACAGUCUUCCCUUCAUUUGCAUUCAUGAAGUUGUUCCAGCAAACAAGUGGCAUCUCAUGGGUGCCAGCAUUGCCUGUAUGCUCUCCGUGUCCUAUGUACUAGGACCCAUUCUUGGGGGAGUCAUUCCACAUCUCAGCAGCUGGAGAGUCUUGCAUCUCAUGAACGUACCCAUUUCUGGUGCAGUCGCUGGAGGCCUCUUUGUGGUCUACCCCAGAAAGCGUAACCAACCAAGAACAUCAGUCACCGACAAACUGCGACAGAUGGACUUUGUUGGAGCUUUGCUGCUUCUUUCAGCAAGUAUGAUGAUCGUCUAUUCUAUUCAAGAAGGCGGAUCCAUGAAGCUUCCCUGGUCAUCCCCCACCAUUGUUACCAUGCUUGUUGUAUCUUCCAUCUGUUGGGUCGCCUUUUGGUGCUGGGAAUCAUUCGUGGGCCUGAAAGAUGACAAGGUUGAGCCUAUUUUCCCACUCUCACUCGCAAGUCACCGAGCAUACCUGGCUUGUCUGUUCGCCACGUUCCUGCUCGGCUUCGUUUUCAUGACCAGCGUUGUGGUUCUUCCCGAGCGGUCCCAGGUUGUCGACGGCCGAGAUGUGUUAAUGGCUGGUGUCGAUCUGCUGCCCCUGCUCGCGGCUGUGGCCGUUGGGACCUUUGCAUCGGUGCCAUUCACCAGGCCCAAGAAUCGAACCACUUUAAGCCUCACCAUUGGUACCAGUCUUAUGACCGCUGGCUGCAGUCUCAUGACGGCUGUCGAAAACAUGGAGGAGUCGCAGGCCAUAAACGCUGUGUACGGUUUCAAGGUUGUUCUCGGCCUAGGUUUCGGCUUCUGUCUCUCGUCAACGACAGUGAUAGCCAAUGUAAUCGGAAGGGGUGCUGACAUGGCAGUUGCCAACGGCGCUAUUGCACAGGCCCGCGUGCUGGGCUCAGCAAUUGGACUUGGCAUGUGGACCAUCAUAUUCAAUCGUCACGCACGAAACAACAGCCUGCUCGUCGACCAGCGAAGUGGAGGCCUCCUUACUCCUCAGCAGGUAGACAUGCUGCACCGCGCACCGUCAAACGCGCUGCUACUACAAGGCCCAGCGCGCGAGGAAGUGCGUCAAAUUUAUACUGCCUCGUUCACGGAUAUCAUGCUCGUGCUGGCUAUCGUCUCGUCAGGCGCUUUUGCCAUGGCACUGUGCACGUAUCAGACGAACCCGCCGCCCGUCAACCUCCCAUCGCUACCGUCCACAUCACCAAGGCCGCGGGCUCGUCUUCCUAAGCAGAUGACUACUGCUGUUGGCAUUGAUGACUAUCGAGGCAUAAGGGGAAGUCAGGAUCGAUCCCGGGAAGGCAAUGGGUCGGAGUCGGAUGGACGGCUCGAUAGUAUCGAGCUGGGACGGAUGCCAACUUUACCCCUUGCAAUUUUGCCCAAAUGA